CCCAAUACUUGGACAUGUUUUCUUUAUUAAAUAAUGAACCAGACCCCAAAAAGUAAACAGCUGUUAUUGCUAGGCAACGGGAGCAGCAUUUGGUGAUGCAGCACCUGACAUUCCUGACCAUGUGGGCGGAGCAUGCAUGAAAUGGAAUGUUCAGUAGAACUGUGCAACACAAGCACUUAGUUAUAGCAUUUUUCAUUGUAUCCAGACACAGCUAGAGACACAUCUACAGCAGCAUCUCUGUGCAGGACAAACGACAGUUGACAAAGAAAACAUCAAAAACUUCACUUCACUCCUCUACAAUACGUUGGUUCCUUUGUUUAAAAGGCCAAAAUGAAUCAAGGAAGAACGAGAAGAGGAUCGGCGAGUGCCUCACCAUACAAUACAGCACAGCUGAUUAACCUGCAAGAAGAAUUUCAAAUGAUACAGGCUGAAAAUGUCAAAUUAAAAGAAGAGGCAGAGAAAUCAAGAGGAGAAGCUAAAAAUUCAAAGUUUGAAACUGAAGUAGUAUUGCAGGAAUUACUGCAUGUGGGUCUCAAACUUAAAGGAGAGAAAAUGGGAAAACAACAGGCAGAAAACGAGAAUGAAAACAUGAAGAAAGAACUGUUGGAAGCUCAAAAAGCAUUGGAGGAAGAGAAAAGCACAGCACAAGAAGCCAAAAAUAAAUAUCAAACUGCAAAGAAGGAGGCAGGAAAUGUGAUACAGGAAUUACAGGAGGUGCAGGAAGCUUUUGAAGAGGAAAAAAGGAAAAUGCAGUUGGCAACACAAGAAGCUGCAAAUGGAAUGGCUGAAGCUGAAAAACUAAGGAAGGAAUUACUGCAUGUGAAGCAACAACUUCAAGAGGAGAAAAAACGUAAACAUGAGGCAGAAAAUGAGAUUGAAAAUAUGAAGAAAGAAUUGUUGGAAGCUCAAAAAGUGUUGGAGGAAGAGAAAAUUAAAAUACAGGAAGCAAAGAAAGAAAUGGAAGAUACAAAGAGUUACACUCAAAACAUGAAGAAGGAACUGAUGAAAGUGCAAGAAGAACUUGCAGAAGAGAGAAUUGACGUGAAGGUAUUCAAGAAAGAAAUGACCGGCUCUGCGGUGAACAAGAAAGACUGCAAAGACGCACUUAAAGAAAUACGAAAGCACAAAAAGGAAGCUAAAGAGCUCCUCAAACAGAAAGUGAAACUGGCCAAACAGCAGCUGAAAGAACAUUUUAAAGAUGCCGAGGAGCAGCUCAACAAAACCUUAAAAGAACUGAAGGCAAAAGAAAAGAAAGCCGAGGACAGGAGGGGAUUCUGGAGCAGACUGCUGAGAAAGAACUGACCCAGCAGCAUCGAGUUUGAGGAGAUCAAUAGUUUCUUCCCCCUCUCUCCACCUUUCUUUCACCCCAUCCUUCUUCUUGGGACGUUUGUUUGUUUUUUAAAAACUCUAAUCUAAAUACAUGUACUGAA